UCAAUUUUUCUCUAGAGCUCCCCACUCUCCCUUUGUCAUUCGAGCUGCCUGCUGCCUCUGCGACGUCGCUCUAGCUCUCCCUGUGCUAACUGCCCGCGCAGAAAGCAGAAGGAUUAGUUGGGACCUGCCUUGGUGACCUCAUGGCAUCCCCCAGAACCGUAACUAUCGUGGCCCUCUCAGUGGCCCUCGGACUCUUCUUUGUUUUCAUGGGGACUAUCAAGUUGACCCCCAGACUCAGCAAGGAUGCCUACAGUGAGAUGAAACGUGCUUACAAGAGCUAUGUCAGAGCCCUCCCUCUGCUGAAGAAAAUGGGCAUUAAUUCCAUUCUCCUCCGAAAAAGCAUUGGUGCCCUUGAAGUAGCCUGCGGCAUCGUUAUGACCCUUGUUCCUGGACGUCCCAAAGAUGUGGCCAACUUCUUCCUGCUUUUGCUGGUGUUGGCUGUGCUCUUCUUCCACCAGCUGGUCGGUGAUCCUCUCAAGCGCUAUGCCCAUGCUCUGGUGUUUGGAAUUCUACUCACCUGCCGCUUGCUGAUUGCCCGAAAGCCUGAAGAUCGGUCUUCUGAGAAGAAGCCCUUGCCCAGAAAUCCUGGAGAACAACCCUCCUUGUAUGAGAAGGCCCCUCAGGGCAAAGUGAAGGUGUCCUAGGAAAGUGGAAGUGCAAAAUGUGGACCUUCCAGGCAGUUUCCUCUAUGACACCUGGGAAGAUGUCAGUUUGUGGUUUUAAUUUGAUUUACUUCUCUUGGGGGGAAAGGGAAAAUAUAAUCUGCAAUUUAAUUGGCUUGUGUACUCUAUACUCCCAAAUAACCCCCGCAUAUUGACCUUUGUGAACCAUCUUUAAUCACUGUGGGCAACAAUCAAAUCUUGCUGCAUGUAGGCGUAUAUGGCUACUAUUGAAGUGUAUUUAUGAGAUGGACUCCAGCAAGCAUGUGACUGUGAAAUUAUGUGUGGGAAAAAUGAAUUUACUUACUGUGUGUGUGUAUGCACACAUAUGUGUAGAAGGCUCUCAUCUUGAACUAAUCCUGCACAGGUAUCCUUCCCUUUAUAAAUCAAUUCCAGGCUGGGCGUGGUGGCACAUGCCUGUAAUCCCAGCACUCGGGAGGCUGAGGCAGGAGGAUUGUUUGGAGUUU